GGCUCUGAUCUCAGCUGCUCCUCUUCAUCACAGAGUCUGCUCUUCUUCCUCAGCUCUCCUCCUCCUCCUGCGUCAUGGCGGCUCUGUGGCUCCAGUGCGUCUCUCUGCUGGCCGUGCUACUGGUAUCGUGGCCCGACUGCCAGGCCGCCGCGCAGCCGCAGCACCUGUGCGGCUCUCACCUGGUGGACGCGCUCUACCUGGUCUGUGGGGAGCGAGGCUUCUUCUACAACCCCAAGAGAGACGUGGACCCCCUGAUGGGUUUCCUCCCUCCAAAGGUGGGCGCGGCGGCGGGCGGCGAGAACGAGGUGGCCGAGUUCGCCUUCAAGGACCAGAUGGAGAUGAUGGUGAAACGUGGCAUUGUGGAGCAGUGCUGCCACCGGCCCUGCAACAUCUUCGACCUGCAGAACUACUGCAACUAAAAAAAAAAACACCUGGCUGCGCUUAGCCUAGCCUAGCAUAGCAUAGCAUAGCUUAGCUACGUGGCUAACUUAGCCUGCCCCUCACCUUUCUGAAAAACAACUGCUGAGAAAUGAAUGAAACUAUUUUUCCUAAAAAAUAAACCUUUUGUGAAUUGAGACAUUAA